UGCGCUGCUAGCGCCUUGGAGUCGCCGUGGCCCGUCAUGCCCCUCCCUAAAGUCCUCCGGCUCCGGGCUGUCAUGUCAUGCAAAUGCCCCUCAUCGCGCGGUCCCGUCAUUCUUUCAUCCCUCCUCCAUCGUCGUCGAAUGCCCAUCGUGUGCCAAGCAGGGAAUUGUGUGUUGAUGGUCAAUUUGCAUCGUUCGACAAGCUGUGGUUCUCAUGUCUGAUAUCUGAGGACCUCAAUCUACUACUCUCAAGGCACUCGUACACUCUCCAGUCCCCUCUGCGAGAAUCUGCCGGACCAUCAUGGAUUUCAACAGCACCUCGCCAUAUCCCGAGGGGGUCAUCUCCUUCCUCGACACUGACUUGUACAAAUUGACGAUGCAAUGCGCCGUGUACAAGUGCUUUCGAGACGUCCCUGUAUCCUACGCUUUCACCAACCGCACCCCGGACAAGAAGCUGUCACGCGCUGCGUUCAAGUGGUUGGAGGAGCAAAUACGAAAGCUCGGAAAUAUCUCGCUGUCGAAUGAAGAGUACCGCUUCCUCCAAACGCACUGCGACUACCUCACCCCCGAAUACCUCAAUUUCCUCAAAGACUUCCGCCUCGACCCUCGUGAACAAGUCAAGGCCACAUUCAAGCCCGUGGACAAGGACACCGGUGCCGACGACGAGCUUGGCGAUAUCGACAUCAGCAUCAAGGGUGUGUGGGUCGAGACCAUUCUGUACGAGAUCCCUAUACUGGCCUUGACGUCGGAGGCAUACUUCCGUUUCAUGGACACGGAUUGGAACUACGAUGGCCAGGAGCAGACAGCGUUCGAGAAGGGCAUGCGGCUCCUGGAGGCGGGCUGUAUCACAUCCGAGUUUGGCACCCGGCGCAGGAGGGAUUACCACACGCAGGCACUGGUCUUCCGGGGCCUGGUCAAGGCCUCCGAGAAGGCAAAGGAGCAGGGUUACCCAGGCAAGCUCUCAGGGACAAGCAAUGUGCACCUGGCCAUGCGCUUCAACAUUCCACCCAUUGGUACUGUUGCACACGAGUGGUUCAUGGGGACUGCUUCCAUCGUGGGCGACUACACUACGGCGACCGAGGAAGCCCUGAGGCGAUGGGUGAGCUGCUUCGGACCCAAGCUCGCCAUCGCAUUGACGGAUACUUUCGGUACCAAAGAGUUCCUCAAGGCCUUCAGCAAGCCCGUGCGGCCGAUUGACAGCAGCUUCCCGCGCGAAACGUUCCAGAAGGAGGACGGCACCCCCAAGACGUAUGCCGAGCUCUUCACCGGCGUGCGACAGGACUCUGGCGACCCCGAGGAGUACGUCAAGAUCCUGCGGGAGUACUACGACGGGGAAGGGAUCAAGGACAAGAAGACGAUUGUGUUCUCGGAUUCUCUCAACAUUGAUCGCUGCCUGGAGUACAAGCAGGUUGCGGACAAGUAUGGCUUCCAUCCGACCUUUGGUGUUGGCACGUUCUUGACAAACGACUUUACCAACUUGAAGACGGGGGCCAAGUCGGUGCCCCUGAACAUUGUCAUCAAGCUGAGCUCGGCGGCGGGUCGCCCAGCCAUCAAGAUCAGCGACAACAUUGGUAAGAACACUGGGGACAAGAGCACCGUCGAAAAGGUCAAGCUGGAGCUUGGGUAUGUUGAACGCGAAUGGGAGGGCGGCGAUGAGACAUCGCGCUGGGGCAAGGAGGGCGAGAAAUAACUACGCCGGGUUCGCGCAUGAUACCCAUCUUGGAUAGCCGUAGGCUGUGGAUAGAGGACAAGGUAAAGGUAAACUAUUAGAGGUUCAUACCAGGACGC